GAAAUUCAAUCAUUUUUUUAUCAAUGGAAAACAAAAUUUCCCAAGAAAUUGCGAACGAUUCAGAGGUAUCUGCUGUUACGUGAGAGCGGCAGCAAGAUCGCGCUGUUGCGUGAGAGCGGUAGCGUGUCGCGCCGUUAAUUACAAUAUCCGACGGAGAGAAUGGAGAUUAGAUUUACCCCUUCUCAUGAGAGUGCUUAUAAACUGUUAGUUUGUUCAAUGUGGUCAAGAGGAGAAGAUAUCUGACGGAGAGAAUGGAAAAUAAAAAAUAAAGAAAAUAAGCGAGGAGAGAGAGAGAGAGAGAUGAAUGCCUUCAGGUUAGCGGGGGAUAUGACCCAUCUGCUAAGCAUCAUACUUCUACUGCUCAAGAUCCGCGCCACGAAAUCGUGCGCAGGAAUAUCGUUGAAGACACAGGAGCUUUAUGUUAUCGUGUUCAUGAGCCGGUAUCUUGAUCUGUUUAGGACCUACUAUUCUCUAUACAACUCGUUGAUGAAGAUAAUUUUUCUUGGAACAUCGAUGUGCAUCGUUUGGUAUAUGAGAUCGCAUAAGGUAGUCAGGCAGACCUAUAAUAACGAUGAGGACACUUUCCGGCAUUUUUUUCUUGUCCUGCCAUGUUUUGUGUUGGCCCUUUUGGUGCAUCGCAAUUUCACUUUUAUUGAGAUUUUAUGGACCUUCUCUCUGUAUCUCGAGUCUGUUGCAAUCCUACCCCAGUUAGUGUUGUUGCAGAAGUCUAGCAACAUUGACAACCUGACAGGGACCUAUGUAUUCCUACUUGGGGCUUACAGGGGAUUAUAUCUGUUCAACUGGGUUUACCGGUUCUUCACAGAGAACCAUAGGGUUCGCUGGAUCCCUUGGUUGUCUGGCCUUAUUCAAACAGCCAUCUACACUGAUUUCUUCUAUUACUACAUAAGAAGUUGGAAAAACCGAGAAAAGUUGAAGCUUCCUGCGUGAGCAUUGCUAUUGUUUGCCUGAUUUAUGAUUAACAGCAGUAUCUCUCAUUCAAGAGAGAGAUUUAGAUACUUUGUUAACUCUUCUCUUCUUUUAUUUUCCCCAGUUUUUGGGAGAUUUAAGUUGUCUUUCUCGAGUAUAUUAGAUUUACGGCCUUAUAGAUGAGGUGAAGCACCUGUACUAAUACUCUAGUGGAAAAUUAUACAGUACUCAUAACUGUUUAAUCUCAUCAUUGUUGCUAUUA